AAAACACUGCAGCGGAAGAAACCGUCAGGCGUGUGAACAUUGCUAUUGAGCAAAGACACAGGCGAGCUCUCGCAAACUCCUCCGCCUGAAAGAGGAGCUCAGUCGGCAGGUUGCGGUCCGUUCAGUUUGCAAACGCACCGUUACUUCCGCAUAUCUCCUUAAAACUCUGACCCUCUGGGGAUAUAGUGUGGAGUUCAAAGAGAAAACGGGUGAACGAGAAGUGUGGCGACGGAGUAGCGGUUUGAGGCGCAGAAAUGAUCAAGUGGUUCCUCCUUCUGUUUGGAUUGGCCUUGGUACUCGAAACAAAAUGGGCUGAAUCAUCCCAAGGCAAAUGCAAUCCCACAAAAGCAGAAGCGUUCUGCAAGGAAUGCAUCAAUUUAGGACCAGGUUGUGCCUGGUGUAAGGCACUGAAUUUCACCAAGCCUGGAGAACCAAAUUCUGCACGGUGUGAUUCCAAUGAACAACUCAAGAAAAGAGGUUGUGAAGCGGUUCAUAUAAUUAAUCAUGAAAAUGUGAUGAAUGUGGAUGUGAACAUUCCACUUGGAAGACAUGGAGAAACUGUGAUACAAAUAAGGCCCCAAAGGGUUCAACUGAAUCUGCGACGAGGCAGCCCACAGAAGAUUGAGGUGAAAUUUAAGCGCGCUGAAGGUUACCCCGUUGACCUGUACUAUCUCAUGGAUCUGUCUUAUUCCAUGAAAGAUGACUUGGAGAAGGUGAAGAAACUGGGAGGACAGCUUCUUGAAGCCUUGACAAGUGUCACUAAAUCUAUUAAAAUUGGAUUUGGUUCCUUUGUGGACAAGACAGUGCUGCCCUUUGUUAACACCCACGAAGAGAAGAUGAAAAAUCCGUGCCCUGAUAAAAAUGAGAAAUGUCAGCCUCCGUUUGAUUUCCGACAUGUCCUCACGCUAACAGAUGAUGCAAAACUAUUCAGUAGUGAAGUUGGGAAACAGUCUAUUUCCGGAAACCUGGACCCUCCAGAGGCAGGACUGGAUGCCAUGAUGCAAGCGGCAGUGUGUGGGGCGCGGAUUGGAUGGCGCAAUGUCACACGUCUUCUUGUGUAUACUUCAGAUGAUGGAUUUCAUUUUGCUGGAGAUGGAAAACUUGGAGCAAUCCUAACGCCCAAUGAUGGCAAAUGUCAUCUUAACAAAGAUGGCUUUUAUGAAGAUAACACAAAAUAUGAUUAUCCAUCUGUCGCUGAGCUGGCUACUAAAUUGGCAGAAAACAACAUCCAACCCAUUUUUGCAGUCACAAGUAAAAUUAUGCCAAUAUACCAGGAUCUGAGCAAAAUGAUUCCAAAGUCUGCAGUGGGUGAAUUGAAGGAGGAUUCCAGUAAUGUGGUUCAGCUAAUUAAAGAUGCCUAUAAUAAUCUAUCUUCUAGAGUGAUAAUAAAGCAUAACACCUUACCAGAUGGGGUCAAGAUCUCUUAUAAAUCACACUGCAAUGGUGAAGAAUCUGAGAGCAAAGUUGAAGGAAUCUGCUCAAACGUGAAGAUUAAUCAGGAGAUAAGUUUCACAGUCAUAAUAUCUGCAGAUAAGUGCCUGUCAAAGACCGAAUCCUUUGAGAUCAAACCUUUGGGUUUCACAGAGAAUUUAGAAAUUAGCUUAAAGACAGAAUGUGACUGUAAAUGUGACGACAAAACUGUUUUAUCUGAACACUGCAACAACAAAGGUGCGGUCAAGUGUGGGAUAUGCAGUUGUGUUCAGGGUUGGAUUGGAAAGUUUUGCGAGUGCGAAAUUGGCAAGCGUUCUACUCAAGAACUGGAUGCAUCAUGUCGUAGAGAUAAUACAUCAACCACCUGCAGCAACCAAGGAGACUGUAUUUGUGGUGCAUGCAUUUGCCAUACUAAUCCCACCAGGAAAAUUUAUGGCAAGUACUGCGAAUGUGAUGACCAGAACUGUGAGCGAAAUAUGGGUAAACUGUGUGCUGGACAUGGAAAAUGUGAUUGUGAAAAAUGCCUAUGCGAUCCAGGUUUUGAAGGAACUGCUUGUGAGUGUGCAAAGGCUUUUGAGCUAUGUAAGCAGCGCAAAGAUAGUGCAAUCUGCAGUGGAAGAGGAAGCUGCACCUGUAAUAAGUGCAAAUGCAAUUCCGGUUAUCAACUUCCAUAUUGUAAAGAAUGCCCAGGCUGUCCAUCUCCAUGCCCAGCUUAUGUAAAUUGUGUGGAAUGCCUUGGAUUUUCAAGUGGUACAUUUGAAAAAAACUGCACUGAAACCUGUGGAAAACUCAAAAUCACUUUAGUGGAUGAGCUAAAAGAGCAGAAGAUUUGUAAAGAGAAGGACUCAAAGAACUGCUGGAUGAAUUUCGUCAUGAAGGAGUUAGAUGGAAAUGGCAACUAUGCUGUGACUAUCUUGAAGAAAACAGAAUGUCCUCCACCCACAAAUGUCAUUGCCAUAGUUGCUGGCGGAGUGGCUGGUGUAUUGCUGAUUGGAGUGGUUAUUCUCCUGAUCUGGAAGUUCUUGGUUGAACUGUACGACCGAAGAGAAUUUAAAAAAUUUGAAAACGAGAGAGGAAAGGCGAAAUGGAACGCAGGAGAUAACCCACUGUUUAAACAAGCCACGACUGUUACCGUAAAUCCCAACUUCAAUGAAGACUGAAGAUUUCAAUAGAGAUGUGAUUAGUUUUGAGUGGUCGCCAACAUUCGUGUGAAACCUUACUUCAAAGGAGACUGAAGAUGGAGAAAGGUUGAAGUGCUUCAGAUGCUGCUUUACAAAUUUCACGUGCAAUGUCACAAACUUAAAUUUUGUGACAGCUUUUUGUCAUUUUCCUGCUGCAUUGUUUAAUGUCUACAUGAUUAGUCAAGCAGCCAAUCUGAGUUGAUGAAACCAUAAAAGUUAUUAAUUUUGAACUAUUGAUUUACAUUGUUGACAUGCACAUAGAUUUUUUACCUCACAAAAAUCAGUCUAAUGCUAUAUAUAUCAACUCUUGUAAUUUAAUACAUUUUUAAUGUUAAGCAGAAUGCCUACAGGUGAGUGAACAAGCAACUCUCCUUGAACCUGUUCAGACAUUAUCUAUGAAAACAAGGCAACAAUAAUGAAAGCAGAUGGCAACUGAUCUUUGUUUGGUAAUGUAAGCACCUGUUUUUGUAUUUUUGAAAGUACUAUCUCCAAUAUUAUUAAUAAUGUUUGAAAGAAGCAGAUUUGCUCAGAUCUAAAAAAAAUGGUUUAUUUUAUAUGCUAGCAAUUUUUGGUUUUGUACAUAAAAUUAACAAAUGCAAAUGGAUAAAGUGAGGUUGUGAGUAUUUUAAGCGGCACAACACUCUUCCAUAAGUGUUAUGCCAACCAUGGCUUAUAACUUGAACAAGUUUGUCAUUGCAAGUAUGCAGAAUUUUGUGAGGCACAAAGCAGUUUACUCAUGCCUAUAAAUGUGAUUUAAAAUAAAAAAGCAGAUGCUAGAAAUCUGAAAUAAAAUUAGGAACACUCAGGAUACCUGUGGAGAAGGUCUGCAAUCCUUUGUCUGAACUAAGAAUGACAAAAAAGCUAGUUUUCAGUUAGACAGAAUGUGGGGAAUGUAUGUUUCAAACAAAGGGAAUGUCUGUUACAAGAUGAGCUAAUGGCUUCAUAGCAGCACUUGCCGGUAAAGUAUCAAAGCUAAAUUUGUCACAAGUUCCGUCACUUUUUCAACAAAUCCAUCAACUCUGUCAUUGAUAGUAGCUUAACUAAUUUGUUCACCUCCUUCAAUGUUAUUGAAUUGCUCAUUGCACUCCUAUUCAUUUCCACCACAGAAAGGCAGAGUUGAUAUCUGAUCACAUAUCCUCGUUGCCCUAGAGUUCAUUUUAACCUUUAAAAUUUUGCCACUUUCGUUACAAGCUCAAAUUACAUAAAAUAUUAUUUUUGCCAACUUUACUGUACCUCCAUUCUGUAAAUUUCACCUCCUCUAACUCUGCUUCUGAUAUUCUAUCCAGGAGAAUGUUACUGAUCAAUUGGCCUUGGCUGAGGUUCUAGUACCACUUUUUAAUUUUAUUUGUUCAUGAUUAUCCUCCUCCUUCCACAUCCUUAAUGCCCUCCCACCUCACUCUGAGCUCAUGAUUGCUUGAUUCUAGCUUCUUAUGCAUUCCCUUUAACUUUUUUUUUGGUGGUCAUAAUUUCAGCCAGCAAUCUAAUUUCCUCUCCUUCCCCCCUUCUUUCUUUAAGACACUCCUUGCAGGCUCUGAUCCUCUCUUGAUCCUUCUGUUCAGCAUCGUUUCUCCUAAUGAUGCUAUGUAACACAUUGGUGUGUUCCUCAACUUCGAAGGUUCCACAUAAAUGCACGUUCUGUUUUUACAUAAUCAACAACACGAUCAUUCUUGAUAUAUUUCAAGGGGCAUUAGUUUUUAAGCAAAGAACUGAAGUGAUUUGUAUUAUUUAUUGUAAAGUGUCCAGCUAAAAUGUGAUAUUAUAGAUACUGAAAUGUCAAAUCUUCGCAGCAGUGUGCUGGAAUUUCUGACCUGCCUCUAUGUGUCCAUGGAUUCUGGCUUCCAUAUGGAUGCUUCCAGGGUCCCUGCUCUCCAUUUCAGCAGCACCAGAGCCCUGGGGAACCCUGUGGUCUACUUUUGGUGUAUGCCAUUUCCCCACCCAAUACUAGACUGCAGACCACUUUUUUUACAUACCAGACCAAUUGCGCAACCCAGGUUGGAGUAAUGAGCCGCAGUGCACUAAAAAAUGUAGAUUGAAAAUAAAUAAAAUACUGAGAUAAAGCACACCACAGACAUGAUGUAAUGGCAGGAUAUAAAUAUUCAAAAAGAAACGUUAAAUGUGUUCACGUAGUUUAAGAUGGUUUCCCAGCCAGAAAUGAAUGUUCCCAAUGAUUAUUGCAAUUAAUCAAAAUAAAUAUUAUUGUCCAUAAUUUUGCCUGCUUUGUCUGCACUUGGCGAAUAUUUAAUAAAGUUCAGUUCCCCAUUUAGGCAGAACCUAAUGUCUUCGGAGAUAUGGGAAGUUGUCUAUACUUUCCAAAGUUCCAUCAUGCCUUCAUUGCUGGAGGGCAGUAUCGUGCAGCUAAUAAAUUUGUCUUACAGCAAUUGGUUGCAAUGUCCAUUACCUCAUACAUUUCAGUGAAUGAUGUAUCAAUGAUGCUUGGAACUCGGCCUCCUGCAAUAAAUGCAGUACCUCAAAAAUAUAACCAAGGCCGUCUCCACAAAACCUACCAAAUGUAUUGGAAGAUAAGCAAACCAACUUCUGUUUUUCCUCUCAAGGCCAACAUUCCUGGCAAUGAAUGUCUAAUUAUACUCAGUUGACUCCAAUAUACAGGCCACAUGGAUUGCUUAGCCACUUUCAGAUUUCUGAAAGCCGACACCUUAUUCCAACAUCUGUCACAGAAAGAGAUUACCAAGUGGAUAGUGAAAAAGAUUCAAGGAGUGGAAUGCUACAUCUCCAGAAAUUAGGGAUGGUAUUGACAAUCUCAAAUUAAUGCAUCAGGAGCAUCAAAAGUCCUGUGUAAAUGCCAAAGGGGCACACCACUCACAAACUGCCCACCUGCUCACUCUGUCAGGCAGAGCUGUGAAAGAGUUUCUUCAGUCAUCCCAGAAUUCACAAACCAGACUGACAGGUCUCAAGGAAGACUCUUAUUAGUGAAAUUGCUCUGAAAUUACACUGAGAAGGGAAUUACUUUUCUCAUUAAUGUAAAGCACCAGGAAUAUAGGCAUUUAUAUUUUUGUGAGGGUUCUCUGUAACUAAAAAUCACUGCCUUAAAAAUUCAUGUCCAAUUAAUUAUGUUAAUGUGUUAAAUUAUGCUGGCUACGCAUUUUAUUUCACUUCCGAAAUUUGGAAUGUUUCAGGUGAACGGAAACAAAAUUCGGAAGUCGAAUGGAAUACCGAGCCAUUACUAUAUUUUGCUUCAGUACUGCCAACCUUGGAUGAAUAUCUGCACAUUUACUUUUACUCCGGAUGUGUCAAUGAAUCUGCUUGAUUUAUAUCAGAAUAGCAUAUCUAUCUGUAAUCUUUUGUAAUUUCUCCUCUAACCCUUAAACACCACGAGCUAUAAUUUCCUGGCUCUUGCGCAUCUAUGAAUUUAAUUAAUCCACCACAGGCAGCUGAGUCUUUAGUUUCAUUUGGAACUUUGCAAUUCUCCCCCAAUUCUUUCCUCCUUUGAUCUGCUGCUUAAUACAUACAAUUUGUCCAAGCUUUUGGUCAUCUGUUCUAAUAUCUAAUUUUGUGGCUUAGUGCAAUUGUACUGCUUGUUAAUAAUCCCAUGAAGUGUCUUAGAAUUGUUUCAUAUAUGAGGUGGUACAUAAAUAAAAGUUGUUACUGUGAUUAAGAUA